AUGGAUCGCUUGCCGCCGUCGAUGCGCAAGCGGCUCUACAGCCUCCCGCAGCAGAUCGCGCCCAAAGCUUCGCUGAUGGACGAGGAGGAGGAGGACGGAGGAGGAGGAGGAGGAGGAGGUGGCGGUGGCGGCGGUUGCAAGGAUGCGCGGCGCAAAAGCAUCCGCUUGCACCCGCUCUCGCCCUCCUCCGCCGCUGUCCCCGGGCCGACGGCCGCAGGAGCCGGCCCUGCGGAGGGCGCAGAGGCGGCGGCGGCGGCGGCGGCGGGCGGCGGGCUUGGCCGGCCGAGCGCCAAGAGCAGCACCAACGGCGACUGUCGGCGUCUGAAGGGCAGCCGCUCGUCUCUUGCCGGCCGCCACCCGCACGACUCGGCCGAGGGUCGCCGCCUGAUCGGCCACGAAGGCCAAGCCGCCUCCCCGGACGACGAGCGGAGCCCCCCGGGCCUGGCGGAAGCCCCCCACGCCGCCGCCGCCGCCUCCUCUUCGUCUUCCUCCACCCCGGUGGGCGCUCCCCGCCAGGACCCGCCGCCCGACGCGGCCUUCGUGAAGGUGGAAGGCGCCGGGGGGGCGUCGGGGGACCAGAUCAGCCCGGACGACGAGCUCCAGUUCGGCCAAGCCGGCUUCAUGCAACGUCAGUUUGGGGCUCUGCUGCAGCCCGGCGUGAACAAAUUCUCCCUGCGGAUGUUCGGCAGCCAGAAGGCGGUGGAGAGAGAACAAGAGAGGGUCAAGUCGGCCGGCUUCUGGAUCAUCCACCCUUACAGCGACUUCAGGUUCUACUGGGACCUCACCAUGUUGCUCCUCAUGGUUGGGAAUCUGAUCAUCAUCCCUGUAGGCAUCACCUUCUUCAAGGAUGAGAACACCACCCCAUGGAUUGUCUUCAAUGUGGUCUCAGAUACCUUCUUCCUCAUUGACCUGGUUCUCAAUUUCCGCACGGGGAUUGUGGUGGAAGACAACACAGACAUCAUCCUGGACCCCCAGAGGAUUAAGAUGAAGUAUCUCAAAAGCUGGUUUGUGGUGGAUUUUAUCUCAUCUAUUCCGGUAGACUAUAUUUUCCUGAUUGUGGAGACCCGCAUCGAUUCGGAGGUGUAUAAGACAGCGCGGGCUCUGCGGAUUGUCCGUUUCACCAAAAUCCUCAGCCUCUUGCGACUCCUGAGACUGUCUAGGCUCAUACGGUACAUCCAUCAGUGGGAAGAGAUCUUCCAUAUGACCUAUGACCUGGCCAGUGCCGUGGUACGGAUCGUCAACUUGAUUGGCAUGAUGCUGCUGCUGUGCCAUUGGGAUGGCUGCCUCCAGUUCCUCGUGCCCAUGCUCCAAGAAUUUCCAGGGGAUUGUUGGGUUUCGCUGAAUCGUAUGGUGUACAAGCAAGUCGAACAAUACAUGUCUUUCCACAAACUUCCAGCUGAGAUGCGCCAGAGAAUCCACGACUACUAUGAACAUCGGUACCAGGGCAAAAUGUUUGACGAGGAGAGCAUCUUGGGAGAACUAAGUGAGCCCCUGAAAGAGGUGAGCGAAAUUUGCCUGCUGACUCGUGGCCGGCGCACAGCCAGUGUGAGAGCUGACACGUACUGCCGUCUCUACUCCCUUUCGGUGGACAAUUUCAACGAAGUAUUAGAGGAAUAUCCCAUGAUGAGAAGGGCCUUCGAAACAGUGGCACUGGAUAGGCUGGACCGCAUUGGUAAGAAGAACUCCAUCCUUCUCCAUAAGGUCCAACAUGACCUCAACUCGGGUGUCUUCAACUACCAGGAGAACGAGAUCAUCCAACAAAUUGUGCAGCAUGACCGAGAAAUGGCUCACUGUGCCCAUAAUGUUCAAGCGGCAGCGGCCGCAGCGGCAUCGACUCCCACGCCUGUAAUUUGGACCCCGCUGAUCCAAGCUCCUCUGCAGGCCGCCGCCGCCACCACUUCGGUAGCAAUAGCGCUGACUCACCACCCACGCCUUCCCACAGCCAUUUUCCGCCCUCCGGUCUCUGUUCUGGGCUCCCUGGGGCAGACGCAAAGCCAGACUCCGAGGCGCUUACGGAAACUCCAUUCUUUGGUGUCUUCUGCCGGACCUUCCAUCAUGGGUUCCCCAUCAAGCACGCCAUCCCAACAGCACACGCCAGGAGUGGAGACCCUUUCCUCCUCCUCCUUCCAGAUCCAGCAGUUGGCUGGGUUUACCGCAUCAGCCACCCUGGGUCAGUUGCACCGGUCCUUGGCCAGCUCUCCAUCUGCUGGGUCGACGCAGCAAAACCUGGGCAGCCCAACAUCUACCGGACUGGAGCAGCUGUGUCCUGGGCCUCUGGAUUUGACAGAAGGGGCUGCUCGGCAGCAGGCUUCAGAUACCAGCUUUGGCCCAUUCCAGAAGGCUCCUCCGAGUUCUCCACCAGCCACCGCCCCCUCUUCGUUCCCUCAACUCUCUUCAAAUUCCCCCGUUAGUCCUUGCAGCCACUUGCAACCUACGGGCAGGCCCCACUCCACGGGGCAGCUGAUGCAGCUCUCAGGAACUGGAGGGACCAACCACUUCCAGUUGCCCCCUUCAUCCAGUUCUCCCUCCUCUGGCUUACGCCAGCUGUCCCAGGCCUCAGGAGGCCCCCCUCCUGCCUCCGGCCCCACCCAGCCAAGUGCAUUAGGCCCUUCCGCCGAGACGGCCACUGUUGCUCAGUUGCACCAGGAACGGUCCCCCUUCGCUUCUCUGUCUCCCCCCAAGCCCGGUCCUGUACCCCCACCCUUGUACCCCCUACCAUCAGGCCUUAGCCCUCCCAGUCAAAGCCUGCCCCCCAGGACUUUCCAGUGCAGCCCGUCGGGGGUGCUGGGUUCUCAAGGCUCUUUGCUCCUGCCUCAGACCUCCAGCCCACCUGCCCAGGUGCUCCAGCCCCGGAAUCGGCCACUGGUUUUGCCAGGACGUUUAAGCCAGGACCUCAAGUUGAUCUCCGCCUCCCAACCGUCUCUUCCCCACGAAGCAGCGCAGACUUCAAGCCCACAGUCCUCCUCCCGGGAGUCCGUUUCUAGCUUCUCCUCGUUCUCCGGAGGAGGCAAAGGCAGCGACAUCGGGGGAGGCCCCAGACCUCUGGGGAAGCCAUAUAGUUCGGGGCCAGGACGAGUCACUCUACCACGCCAGACAUCCUCAGGUUCUCUGCCCCAACCCCCUGCAUUCGCCAUUUCCUCCUCUCUGCCCGUUGCCGAAAGGAAAGGAUCUCUACAGCUGAGUGGGGAACAAGAGCCCACCCGCUCAAAACUGCCUUCCAACUUGUGA